CCUUUACAUCAGUCCCUAUUUAAAUCCCAUCUCUCCUCAGAGCAAUUCAAAUCAAUUGCAAUUUCAUUUCAAUUUUCUAAACCGAUUUUUUUCUCUCUUCUAUCUUGUCUGCAAUUUUCUAUAUUCUCCGUUGAUUUUAAUUCGAAAUUCUGAUUGGUUGAGGCGAUAUCGUGAAAAGCAUAGAUCGGUCUCCAAUCGUUUAUAAUUGAAGGUGUGAAUGAACUGAUGGAGUCUAAAGGUGGUAAAAAGAAGUCUAGUAGUAGUAAGUCCUUAUUAUACGAAGCUCCUCUCGACUACACCAUUGAAGACGUUCGACCACACGGUGGAAUCAAAAAAUUCAGAUCUGCUGCUUACUCCAACUGCAUCCGCAAACCAUCCUGAGAUUUUUCCUUGGUUGUGAUAUAACUCCUUGAUCUUUCAAACUGCAAUAUUAUUCUAGUUUCCUCUUCUCUCCUUUUUCGUGUCCUCCUCCUCCUCGUCUUUGCUUUUUCUUCAACCCUUGUUCCCUUUCUCUACACACAACAAGUAUUGUUUUCUCCUUUUAUUCAAGAUGACCAUGACAAGUUCACCAAUCGGUUUUGAAGGCUAUGAAAAGAGGCUUGAGGUAUCUUUUUUCGAGAAUGGCGUUUUCUCUGAUCCUGCUGGAUUAGGUCUCCGAGCAUUGUCCAAAGAUCAAUUGGACGAGAUUCUGAAACCAGCAGAGUGCACUAUUGUUGACUCACUAUCGAAUGGUUAUGUCGAUUCAUAUGUUCUUUCGGAGUCCAGCCUAUUUGUCUAUGCUUACAAAGUCAUAAUCAAAACAUGCGGCACUACCAAGUUGCUUCUGUCUAUCCCUGCCAUUCUUAAGCUUGCUGAUGGUCUCAACAUUGCUGUGAAAUCAGUGAGAUACACUCGUGGAAGCUUCAUCUUUCCUGGAGCUCAAUCAUUCCCUCAUCGAAGCUUUUCGGAGGAAGUUGCUGUUCUUGACGGCUAUUUUGGCAAACUUGGUUCUGGUAGCCAAGCUUAUAUGAUGGGUGAUGCUAAAAACUCACAAAUUUGGCACAUUUACUCUGCUAGUGCCAAACCAGAAGCUUCAUCGGAAGCUGUCUAUGGCCUUGAAAUGUGCAUGACUGGUUUAGACAAGGAAAAAGCAUCUGUUUUUUUCAAGACAGAUACAUCUUCAGCUUCUUUGAUGACUAAGAAUUCUGGAAUCAGGAAGAUCCUCCCAAAAUCUAACAUAUGUGAUUUUGAAUUUGACCCUUGUGGUUAUUCAAUGAAUGGAAUAGAAGGAAAUGCGAUUUCCACUAUCCAUGUCACCCCUGAAGAUGGUUUCAGUUAUGCAAGCUUUGAAGCAGUGGGUUAUGACUUUGAAAAAAUGUCUCUGAAUGAAAUUGUUGGAAGGGUUUUAGCAUGUUUCUAUCCAGCUGAGUUUUCUGUUGCUUUGCACAUCGAUAUGAAUGGUGAAAAGCUUGACAAAUUUCCUUUGGACAUUAAAGGAUACUGUUGUGGAGAGAGGAUCAACGAAGUGCUUGGUAUUGGUGGUGCUGUUGUGUAUCGUACCUUUGUUCGAAAUGAUGGGUGUUCAUCUCCCCGGUCUACUCUGAAAUGCUGCUGGAGUGAGGAUGAGAAUGAGGAGGAAGUGAAGGAGAUUUAGUUGUUUGGUCUUUACGUUCUGUUCUUUGUUUAUGUUAAUUUUGUUGUCAGUGUUGUUCCCUGAAUAAAAUUAGGCCUUGUGCUUGUGAAAUCGAAUUUCUUCUGGUUUAUUUAGGAGUGGGUGUUGUACCUGGAUAAUAUUUCUAAAUAAAUAAAUGCUUGCUAUUUAGUGUAUAAAUCU